ACCCUUUCAUCUUUUGUAAACCGUUGGCUAGGGUUUAACGCUAACCUCAUCAGUAUCAUCAUUAGCAUGACAUGGUAAACCAUCCAUGGCGGUUUCAGGGUUAAGCUUCGCCAGCAAACCUCAUUUCUCUCUUCGCCUUCCUCUCUUUCACUGCUUCCGCAAAAUUCGGUUCGGUUCCGUUGCUGCAAUUGAGACACUUGAUGAACCGGAAACUGUUAUCAAUGACAACAACAGUCAAAGCUCUGACUCUUCUCCUGGAAAAAAUGUGAGUGGAGAAGACAGUGAAUUACAGUGGAAGAAGCUGAAUUCUGAGGAUUUUGGAAUUAGCACUUCAAAGAUUUCCAAGCCAACAAGGAAAGUUCUUAAUGGGCUCAAAAGAAAAGGGUACGAGGUUUACCUUGUUGGAGGUUGUGUACGGGAUCUUAUUUUGAAUCGAAUACCUAAGGACUUUGAUGUCAUAACUACAGCAGAACUCAGAGAGGUAAUGAAGGCAUUUUCACAAUGCAAAAUAAUUGGGAAGCGGUUUCCUAUAUGCCAUGUAUACAUCGGUGAUACAAUAGUUGAGGUUUCAAGUUUUAGCACAUCUGGACGGAAUUUUGGUAGGGGUCUGUCCUAUGAAGUAGGAAGACCUGUGGGCUGUGCCAAGAAGGAUUUUGUUCGUUGGAGAAAUUGUUUGCAAAGGGACUUUACGAUUAACGGGUUAAUGUUUGAUCCAUAUGCGAGGAUAAUUUAUGACUACAUGGGAGGAAUUGAAGAUAUUAAAAAAGCUAAAGUAAGAACUGUGAUUCCUGCAAGUACUUCUUUUCAAGAGGAUUGCGCUCGUAUACUACGUGCAAUAAGAAUUGCUGCCCGGUUGGGCUUUAGUUUUUCUAGGGAAACAGCUCAUUUUCUCAAAAAUCUGUCUUGCUCAAUAUUGAGACUGGAUAAGUCAAGGCUUCUGAUGGAAAUGAACUACAUGCUGGCAUAUGGUUCUGCAGAAGCUUCUUUGAGAUUAUUGUGGAAAUUUGGACUCCUUGAAAUACUUUUACCUUUUCAGGCAGCAUAUUUUGUUCGCAGUGGUUUCCAGAGGCGUGAUAAGAGAUCUAAUAUGCUCUUGUCAUUAUUUUCUAGACUGGACAGACUUCUGGCACCUGACAAACCAUGCCACAGUAAUUUAUGGGUUGGAAUUUUAGCAUUCCAUAAAGCACUUUCUGACAAACCUAGAGAUCCUCUGGUUGUCGCUGCAUUUAGCCUUGCUGUCCACAAUGGUGGAGAUAUGUCAGAAGCUGUAAAUAUUGCGAGGAGAAUCAAUAAAUCACAUGAUAGUAGAUUUCAUGAACUAUCAGAACCAAAGAAUCUAGAGAAUCAGAUAUUAAUAAGUGAAGUUACGGAUCUUGCUGCAUCUGUUAAAAGCACGUUGCGCAAGAUGACUAAUGAGCAUUUCGUCUCUCGGGCAAUGUCGGUGUACCCUCAAGCCCCAGUUUCUGAUCUGGUGUUUAUACCGUUGGCAUUGUAUUUGAAAGCUUGCAAGGUUUUCGAGUGCGUGACAGAGGGUCCAGAGAAGGGAUUUGCGGCAAAACAAGGUAGCAGAAUUGACUAUGAGUUGUUAGCAUCAGGAAGCCUGAAGGAAAUUCGACAUACAUUUGCUAGGGUUGUUUUCGAUACUAUAUACCCUCUUAACCGAACCUAAACCAAGAUGCCACUUCACAGUGGCUGUAUGCUAUAGAAAAGAAAAUGUCAAAUUGUUUUAUGGUAAAAUAUGUUAGAAUGUCCCAUUUGUUUCUUGUGUAUGCCCUGCACAAGUACAUGGAAUAAAUUUACUCCAAAAGCUCAUGUUUUCACCAUGGACUAGAAUAUGAUUCUUGGUAGUAACCAGAUGCUUGUUCUUAUACUUGUUGAAACAAAGUUGGAAUCGUCCUUUGGAUACAAGCUUGAAUUGGUGCCCAAAAAGAAGAUUAAGAACAAAAGUCAUACACUAAAAAAUCAACUGCGCCAGAAA